AUGGAGAAGCGCGUUCUCAUGAACUGGCUGCUGGUGGGCGCCAUCGGUGCCCCCGCCGUUGGCCUGGCGGGCCCCUUCGCCGUGUUCUUCGUGCCUCCCAGCAAGGGCGGCGGCGGCGGCGGCACUGUGGCCAAGGACGCCCUGGGCGCUGACGUCAAGGCAUCCGCCUGGCUCAAGACCCACCCCGUGGGCGACCGCUCGCUUGUGCAGGGCCUCAAGGCCGACGCCACCUACCUGAUCGUCACCAAGGACGGUUCGAUCGAGAACUACGGCCUCAACGCCGUGUGCACCCACCUGGGCUGCGUCGUGCCCUGGAACAACGCGGAGAACAAGUUCAUGUGCCCGUGCCACGGCAGCCAGUACAACUCGGAGGGCAAGAAGAUCCGCGGCCCCGCCCCGCUCUCCCUCGCCCUGGCCCACCUCAGCAUUGUGGACGACGUCGUGUCCUUCACCCCCUGGACCGAGACCGAUUUCCGCACUGGCGAGAAGCCGUGGUGGAGCUAAGCCGCUCGCCGCCGGCGGCGGGCGCGGCUGGUGGAGGGGGGCGCUGGCGUAGGCGCCGCAGGCAGGCCGGCAGGCCCGCCU